UCAUUCUUUGCUUCCGUAGCAAAUUAUUCGCUUGGACAACUAAUAAAAUUCGUCGAGUCUGAGCCAGCGAAUUUUUCGCUGCAACAGCGAAUGUUUUUUUUCCGUGCGGUAAAGCUGAAAUGCAGAAGAAUGAGGGGAAGAAGAAAACGGAAAUAACUAUGCUUUAACAUGGUGACUUCCGUUUUCUUGUUCCCCGUAUUCUUCUGCAUUUCAGUUUCACCGGAAUGCUUUAUUCUUCUUCCCCCGAUAGUCGAAAUACACUAUUAUUUCACCUAGUUUAAACAGUAUCCAAAGAAGAACAGUAAUGCUUUCUAAUCUACCUCCUCCCUGACGCUCAUGGGCUGACGCAGACGGAGUUCUUGGACGCACCACUGGGUCCGUGACAACUUUGUCCGCGUGAGACCGCGUCAGAAAGGAAGUAGUAAAGAAAGGAGUGCUGUUCUUCUAUGGAUCCGAUUGAAACCAUGUGAAAUAACCUAUUUCUCAUCAUAUUUCCCGUGGUUGUGUCCUCCCGCUCUGGUGUGCAGAACGACGGCGGUGCGCUCUCGAGACGCACCAGCCCCCCCCCCCUCCCCCUUUCCCCUCUUCCUCUCCUGUGCUCUGCGCCGCCGUCAGCGAGAGCAAGGCGAGGACAGCGAGCGGCUCUGUUGGCAGACAGACCGCGCAGCCACACACCCUGCCUGCCACCUCGUUCAACACAGCACUUGCCCUGCCUGCUCCUCCCACCAAUUGCUCCUCCCUCGUUAAUAUGGAAGAUAAUCGCAAGCGGAAAAGUGUAGUGGCUAAUACUGGCGAGGAACCACCUGCUCGCAGACCCAGACACGAGCUGAAUGUUCCACUUCAAGCCAACGGCCACGCCCAAGUCGCUUGCAGCCCGCAGUCUCCUUUUGUCCAGGUUUCUAUCAGCGACACCCUUCUCGAUGGCACACCGAAGGCUUCGAAAAAGAAACUUAUUCUUUGCAAGAAUUAUCAACAGGCCGAUGGUCUAAAGCAACAAUCACCGAGUGUGAAGACUCCACGGAUGGAUAAGAACUUUAAUGUUACCAAGAAGUCUAGCAAAACGCCCUCUUCAGCUCGACGUACACCUAAAAUGAGUACUCAAGCAGGCAAUUUCCGCAGACUCCAGUGGUGCCGUGGGUGCGACAGGCAGGCGUCUGCCGGCUGUCGGAGAGCUCAGCACGACUGCCUUGCCCUUCAAGAGGCUCGGAGUCGUGCUGCACAGGACCUGCUUGCAGCGCAGGACCGACUGCGUCGCCUGGAGCAGCUGGAGGUGCGGGCCGCCACCACGCGCCUCCGGUGCACGGCACAGGUGAUGGGUGUGGGUGAGCGGGACAUCGAGCUGGCCCUCUCAAGUCUGGGUGGGGCGGACCUCCGAGCCUUGUGCCUCUACCUCGAGGGUCUUGAGCUGGAGCCGGAGGAGGCUCACCUUUCUGCGUCCUCUGCGGGCUGCGAGGCCAUCGCAACGAGAUGUGCCAAGCUGCCUGACCGCCUGGAGGGCGUGACCAUCAUGCCGGGGGCCGUACUGCUCUUGGGCUGCCUGGAUAGGGAGCGUGGGGAUGACGACGACCGGCAAUCUGACGACCCCGACAGGAGCUGGUUCUGCGAGUCGCCGCCCGCCCUUCGCAUUUACUACGACCUCCCGGUGGCGCCGCAGCAGGCGCAGGGCUCCAAGGUGCUAGGCUACAUCACGUGCAACCUGAAGCACAUUGCCGCGGCCCGGCCCGGCGGAGAGUCGAACCGCGAGGGGAGGGCGGUGCGGCUCCUUAAUGUUACAGUCAUUUCGGAGUAAACCACUGGAAACAUACCCAACCUUUGCUUCUCUAAUUUUAUCAUGAAUACGGCUCAACGUGUCUGUGAUUUAUCGCUUUGAACGUUUGUAUAUUUUGUUUAAUGUCACCUGUAAUUUUAUGUCAUUAUUCACUUUGCUUAAAUAAGAACAUUGUAUAUCUGA